GUCAGACAGGAUGGCGUGGACCCAGAUGCUGCUGCUGCUGGCAGCGGCGUGCGCGCUGGCGGGCGGCGAGCCGCAGAAGGGUUACAGCUACCCGGUGCCGGAGAACGGUCUGUACCUGCCGCCGCCACCGGACAAGGGCGGCCCCAUCAACCCGGGCGGGUCGAACACCGUCGACAUCGGUAUCGAGUUGCCGCGCGACACCACGCCCCGGCCGGCAACCACGCGGCCGCCGCGCACCUUCCGUCCGCGCACCACCAGCGCGCCGCCCUCCGUCGACUCGCAGGCCAGUGGUUACCACCGGGCGGCCCUACCAGCCACCGGCGACUCGCAGCCACCAGGAGGCCCAUCAUUCACUACUGGCCGUCCCGUUACCACCAGGAGGCCCAUCAUCACUACUGGCCGUCCCGUCACCACCAGGAGGCCCAUCAUCACUACUGGCCGUCCCGUCACCACCAGAAGGCCCAUCAUUACCACUCGUCGCCCCAUCCCCACCAGGAGGCCCGCUAUCACCACUGGCCGUCCCGUCACCACCAGAAGGCCCAUCAUCACCACUGGUCGCCCCGUUCCCACCAGGAGACCCGCUAUUACCACUGGCCGUCCCGUCACCACUCGAAGGCCUGUUAUCACCACCGGAAGACCGUCCGUCACCAGAAGACCCGGUGUCACCACCCCCGCACCGUCCGGCUCCGGCUCGACGAUGAUGCACAUGUCUCGUCCGUACGAGUUCGGCUACGACGUCGACGACUCGAACACCGACAACGCCUUCAGCCAGAAGGAGACGAGCGACGGCAUGGUCAUCACCGGCGAGUACCGCUGGAAGAUGCCUGACGGCCGCACCCAGAUCGUCACCUACCUGGCCGACUGGGCCAAGGGCUACUACGCCGACAUCCGCUACGAGUAGCCGAAGCGGCGGCGGUUCAAGUGCGUGACGGUGCGAGCGGGAGCGCCUGCGGUGGCGACGCUCACGUGCGUGACUUUGCCAUUGCGAUUUCUGUGAUACCAAAGCCGCGGCCGAAGCCCGCGGCGCCGACUCAAGAUCCUGGUAUUGCGCGUGUGCGCCGAUGGCCGGUGUUUUGUUGCGGGUGCGAGAAGUGGGAGAGAAUCAGGCUGGAGGGCUUCGAGGAUGAGAAGGUUGCGGAGCGGGUGCGUGGGAAGGCGUGUGACCUAUUGAUGCGAGCCACUGAGCGGUGUGAACGUCACGUUCUAUGUAUAUAUUCAGAGUGUGAUCUUUUGUUUCGAUUGGCAGAAUGAGCGAUGCUUUUAGAUUUAUGAGAUCGUUCGUCAUUGGCAUACUUAUUUGGUCGACGUCAGUGGUAGAAUGCCCGUAAGUGCUGCACAUGGUGACUGUAUUCUUGGCCUUCAUUCCUCCUCUUGUGAAUAGUUGUAUAUUCCUUGCUAAAUAAUACAAACGGGAACACCAGCUCCCAACUCUC